ACAUGUGACGAGACAGAAACGUAACCUCAACAAACAAAAAUGCAUUUCCUUUUGUUUAAAUGUCUAUUUCUAAUAAUUGUGCACUUUUGCAACGCAAAUGAAGAGUGUUUGCAGGAAAACAGUGAACAAUGCAACGCCUCGAAAGUUAAUAUGUAUUCCAAAGAAGCCAACACCAAAUAUUUAAAGUACCUUGAUUUGAUAAAAAACGCCAAGGAGAAUUAUUCACCUUGUGAUAACACAAAAUGUGGUUGUUUCGUUCCACAAAUAUCAGACGAUUUAAAAAUAUUUAAAAAAGGAAUAAGUCAACAAUCAAUUGACAAAAUUAAAACGAAAGGAACUAAAUAUCAAAUCAUUGACCAUAAAUUAUACAGAGACAAGAACUGCAUGUUCCCUGCUAGAUGUGCGGGUAUUGAGCAUUUUUUACUGAAAAUUUUGCCCAAAUUGCCUGACAUGGAGCUCAUAAUUAACACCAGGGAUUGGCCCCAAAUUCAUAAAGAUUAUGGCGUUUUUGGGCCUGUUUUUUCUUUCAGCAAGACAAGUGAUUAUAAUGAUAUAAUGUAUCCAGCGUGGGCAUUUUGGGAAGGGGGCCCUGCCAUAUCCCUCUACCCACGAGGAAUAGGGAGAUGGGACAUUCAUCGCGAAUUGUUGGGGAAAAAAGGCAACGAGACCCCCUGGGAUGAAAAAAUCCCUAAAGGGUUCUUCCGCGGCUCUCGCACUAGCGCAGAACGCGACCCUUUAGUUCUCCUCUCUAGGGAAAAACCCGAAUUGGUUGAUGCCCAAUAUACCAAAAACCAGGCCUGGAAAUCCGACGCGGACACUUUACAUCAGCCCCCGGCAUCAGAAGUGUCUUUUGAAGACCAUUGCAAAUACAAGUACCUUUUUAAUUUCAGAGGCGUCGCUGCUAGUUUUCGUUUCAAACACAUUCUUCUGUGCAAAUCUCUCGUUUUUCACGUUGGAAAUGAUUGGCUGGAAUUUUUCUAUCCUGCUUUGAAGCCCUGGAUUCACUACAUUCCAAUAGAGGCAAAUGCGAGUAAAGAGAAAAUUGAAGAAUUGUUACAAUUUGUGUUGAAUUAUGAUAACGUUGCUAAAGAGAUUGCGGAAAAUGGGUAUAACAUGAUUUGGAAUAAUCUGAAGUUGGUUGAUGUUACUUGCUAUUGGAAGAAAUUGCUUAAGAAAUAUGCUGGAUUGUUGACUUACAAACCCGAAAUAGAUGGCGAUUUAAUAGAGAUUAGAAAAUAAAAUUCGUAAUUGGGAACUCAGUGAUCUAAACUAAUGACAAUAAUACUGAAAUGACAAUAAUUAGUCUUAAGAAACCUACUUACUAUACUUAAAUGUGAUAUUUUUUUAUUAAUUUUAUUAUCUAUCAUGUUGUUUUAUAUUUAUGUAUACCUCUAUGUUGUAGUUGGAAAUAGUAAUCAAAUAAAAACGGAAGCACU